GACGCACAGCGGAAGUCCGUCCUGCCCGUCGGCCAAGGGUCCCCGAGCUCGGCGGCGGCUCUGGGCUGCGGGCUGCCAGGUGCGGGGGGAUGUUGCAGGCCGGGCGGCUCCGGGGCGACGCUGCGUUGGCGCUGCUGCUGGCGGCCCGAGUGGUGGCGGCGUUCGAGCCCGUGACCGUGGGUCUCGCCAUCGGGGCCGCGUCAGUCAUCACUGGCUACCUGACCUACAAUGACAUCUACUGCCGCUUCGCCGAGUGCUGCCACGAGGAGCGGCCGCUCAACGCUUCGGCCCUCAAGCUGGAUUUGGAGCAGAAGCUGUUUGGACAGCAUCUGGCCACGGAAGUGAUUCUCAAGGCGCUGACUGGCUUCAGGAACAACAGAAAUCCCAAGAAACCACUGACCCUUUCCUUACACGGCUGGGCUGGCACAGGCAAGAAUUUUGUCAGUCAAAUUGUGGCUGAAAAUCUCCACCCAAAAGGUCUGAAGAGUAACUUUGUCCACCUGUUUGUAUCGACUCUGCACUUCCCUCAUGAGCAGAAGAUAAAACUGUACCAGGUCCAGUUACAGAAGUGGAUUCGCGGUAACGUGAGUGCGUGUGCGAACUCUGUUUUCAUAUUUGACGAGAUGGACAAAUUGCACCCUGGGAUCAUUGACGCAAUCAAGCCGUUUCUAGACUACUACGAGCAGGUUGACGGAGUGUCUUACCGCAAAGCCAUCUUCAUCUUCCUCAGCAAUGCAGGUGGGGACCUUAUAACUAAGACGGCUCUGGACUUUUGGCGGGCUGGAAGAAAGCGGGAAGACAUUCAGCUGAAGGACCUGGAACCUGUGCUGUCUGUCGGAGUCUUCAAUAAUAAACACAGUGGCCUGUGGCACAGUGGACUGAUCGACAAAAACCUCAUUGAUUACUUUAUCCCCUUCCUGCCCUUGGAGUACAGACAUGUGAAAAUGUGUGUGAGGGCCGAGAUGAGGUCCCGUGGCUCUGCCAUAGAUGAAGACAUUGUCUCGCGUGUGGCAGACGAAAUGACGUUUUUCCCCAAAGAUGAGAAGAUCUACUCAGACAAGGGCUGCAAGACUGUGCAGUCACGGCUUGACUUCCACUGAGCUCCUAUCCAGAUGGGGAAGCGGGCAGCCGGGAGGCUCAGCACACCAGAGGCCUUGCCUUUUGGGAUAACUCUGAAGACCCUUUGGAGUUUUGCCUGUUUGCACCUUAGACUUUCGUGAUAUAGAAUUUUUUUUUUUUAAUUUUUAUUUUUUUUUUGAGACAGCGUCUCGCUUUGUCGUCCAAGCUGGAGCGCAGUGGUGCAAUCCUCAACUUGCUGCAACCUCCACCUUUCGGUUUGAGUGAUUCUCAUGCCUCAGCCUCCCGAGUAGCUGGGAUUUCAGGCAUGAGCCACUUCGCCCAGCGAGGAUAUAGCAUCUUAGAGUUGAUUUUGGAAAACACGUGAAUCUAUGGCGUGUAUUUGUCGUUUUUGCAAGAUGACAGAAGUCCAGCUGUUCUUUGCAGCUGAGGGUGAACUUUUAAAAUCCCCUUCACACUUAAUGUACUCACUGACAGAAGUGCCUGGAAACAGCUGUGCAUGGCCGGCCCGGCAGUGGUUUCUGACCCAGAGCACCUGCACCUGGGAAGCUGCUGUCAGAACUGAAGGAGUCCAGAGACCUGCUGCAGGCUUGGGGGCGCUGGGUUCCUACCAGC